CUCUCCCCUCUCUCUGUGAUUCCUCUCUAAAACCCUAAAAAUCUCGGCUCCCCUCUCUCUGCGAUUCGUUUCUUCGAGCUUCGAUUCCUCUCUCCGAGCGCCAAUUCGUCUCUCUCCGAGGGUUGAUCAUCUAUAGGAAAGGGAAGAUAUAGUACAUAAUUUUCGUCGACGCCAUUAGAUUCGAGUAUUAUGUGGUGACUUGGGCUAAAACCCUGCUUUCUUCUCCUCCUCCUCUCAUGGCGACUUCAAGGUCGCAGUCCGUGAAGUGCCUGGAUACUUCCUCAGGCCCAAAGCGAUUCACUUUCAAGAGCAUCUCCCAGAGAAUCAAAGAAAUCGACAUCAAUGUCUACAAGAGCCUCGACCCCUUGAGGUCCGAGCCCAAAAGCUCCUCCUUUUUCCUCGACAGUCUUUUGUAUUGGCGAGAACUGAACACCGCGGAGGACUUCAUCUCGUUUUAUGAGGAGAUGAUGCCUUUAGUCCAGACGAUGCCGCAAAUUUUGUUCCACAAGGAUAAAAUUUUCUCCGAGCUUAUCCGGAGAGUGAACAUGAAAGCACAGUUGUCCCUCGAACCGAUACUGAUGUUAAUAGCUAGUCUAUCAAGAGAUAUCCUACAAGAGUUCUUACCGUUUCUGCAAAGGCUUACAGAUUGUGUGGUCAACCUCCUCACAAAUGGUGGUCGUUAUAAUCCAAACAUCCUUGAGCAGGUCUUUACAUCUUGGCAAUAUAUAAUGAUGUAUCUCCAAAAAUACCUUGUCAAGGAUGUCGUUGAUGUCCUGAAGAUUACAACCCGAUUAAGAUAUUUUGAAAAUGAUUAUGUGCCAGACUUCAUGGCUGAAGCUGUCUCAUUUUUGCUGAGAAACUCGUCAGCUAUGGAACUUAAAAAAGGUCUGAGAAUGAUAGUCCUAGAAGUUGCAGAAAGUCCAUCUGCAAUUAAGAAGCGUGGGGCAACUGCUUUGCUGUUUUAUGUUCUCAAAGGAACUUCUUCAAGACUUCACUCAAGAGCUGAGAAAGUAUUUCGGUGGUUGAUUGACAAAUCUUUCCUCAGCCUCAGUGAUGAAUCCCUGGAAGGUUUGGAAGCUGUUCUUGAGGUUUCCAGUGAUGUUAUUAAAAGAAUAUUCAAGGAGCUUGACCCUACAGAGUUUGGUAUGGUUUAUAAAUGCUUAUAUGAGGAAACAUCCAGCUCCAUAAAUGAUGGUUGCUUGAUGCAUCUUAAUCGCUUGCUAUCUCUUCUUACUACUACUAUUUACCAGUCUAACAAUACUCAAAUCUAUGAUAGUGAAACAUUGCUUGAACUUGUCAGAUUGCUUAUACGGUCAUACAUUGUGCCUGUUGAGAAUAUGAAGUCAGAAGAGCAUUUUUCUGAAGUCCUUAAUGGGAUUUUAGAGUUGACGCUAUGCCUUCUGGACAAUCCUCUCAUUUCAGACGAUUUGUCAAGCAUUUCUCUGGAUUAUGCACCUGUAUUCAGGUUGAAAAAUUCAGGGCUAUCAUUUGUUAACAGGCUUCUUCUAAAGAAUCCAUGUGUUGUACAUGCCUUCAGACAUCACAUUAUAAGCGCAAUGGCUAAUUUAAUUGAAGAAUCACCAGAGGUGGUCCUUUUUUCAAUUAUUAAGUUCAUUGAAGGACAGGAAAAGCUGCAACCUUUCAAUAGCCUAGCUGGAAUACCAUCUGAAGAAAUGUUAAAAUUAUGCAAUUAUUUUAAGGAGAUUCUCUUUUUUUGGGUCAAGCUUUUAGGUCGCUGUACAACAGAUAACAGUCUGUCUGAUGCACCAGUUACUAUAUCCAAUAUGGCUGUGCUGUGGGGAGUCCUUAGCUGCUAUCCUCAUUUUCAGCAUUUACAUGACAAUGUGUCACCAAUUAUCGAUCUAAUUGUCGCUCUUGAUCAAGUUCUGGAAACUGAGGCUGACAACAUUGCAGGCAUUCCAAAGUCUACAUGGCAGAGUCUUCUUGGUGCUGCAUUGAUUUCUUAUCAUAAACUGCUAUUGGUUACAAAAACAGGCCUUUCAGAAACAAGCACAUUUCUGCGCCUAGCUAAGAGAUACAAGUCUUCUUCACAAGUAUUAUUUGCCGUAGCUGAAUUUUUGGAUUCAUUUAUUGGUGGUAUUUCAAAAUCUGAAGCACAUGCCUCCCAGAACAUUCGUGAUCUUGAUACCAAUGAAGCCGUGAUCGCAACUAAUAUAUUUUCAGAUAAUUUAUCUCUUCCAAAUAAGGAAAUUCGCAUGUCAACACUGAGGAUUUUAUCCCAUUAUGCUCCUUUAGGUGGACCAUCGGCAACAAGUUAUGAGCCCCCUCAUAAGAAACUAAAAACAGAAGAAUCCGGUUCAUGCAGUGAACUCUCCCCAAGCAGUAAUGUUGUUGACCUUCUUCUUUUGGUUGAGGCAACUCCUCUUUCAAUAUCUUCAAGUAGAAAAAUUGUAAACCUCAUUUCCAGGCUGCAGAAGGGACUCUCUUCCGCAAGAGUUAAUCACGCGUACUUACCUCUUGUUUUAAAUGGACUAAUUGGUACAUUACAUAAUAGAUUGAGUUACCUAUGGCAGCCAGCAUCAGAGUGUCUGGCUGUUCUACUAGGAAGAUACAAGGAUCUUGUUUGGAAUAAAUUUGUUCAGCAUUUGGAAAAUUAUCAGUUGAGAUUUCUAUCCUCGAGUGAUGAGUUGGUGAAAAUAAAUUCAGAAAGUCCACAAGAAAAGAAUCUAGUUGACUGCUUUAAACUGUUCCUGGCUCCUGAUUUCGAUAACACACCAUGUGUGACAGUGAUUAAUCAAUUUCUCAAGUCACUCCAAGAAGUCCAUGACCUUGCAGAGUCUAGGUCUCGACAAUUAAUUCCAUUGUUCUUGAAAUUUUUGGGUUAUGCUGAUGAUAGUCGUUCGAGUGUUGAACCAUUUAGCGGCCACAGUUGUUCAGGGAAGCAGUGGAGGUUGGUCCUCAAGGAAUGGUUGAACUUAUUGAAAUCAAUGCGUGAUGUUCGAUCUUUAUACCAAAGCCAAUUUCUUAAGGAAGUUUUGUCAAACAGGCUUCUAGGUGAAAUUGAUUCUGAUAUACAAUUGAAGGUUUUGGAUUGUUUGCUGAACUGGAAGGAUGAAUUUCUAACCCCAUAUGGUCAGCAUCUUAAAAACCUGAUUAUUUCAAAAAACCUUCGUGAGGAACUUGCUAUAUGGUCUGCUUCAAAAGAUUCUCAAUGUAUUCAAGAGUGCCACAGGGGUCCCAUGAUUCCUAUACUUAUCCGAUUGCUAACACCGAAAGUCAGGAACUUAAAAACACUUGGGUCGCGUAAGCAUACAGGUGUUAGUCAUCGAAGGGCAGUUCUUUGUUUCUUAGCACAACUCGAUGUUGACGAGCUUCAUUUAUUUUUUGCUUUACUAUUAAAUCCCUUGCUCCGGUGUCCUCUGGCAAGUGAUGUGACCAACACUCAGUUUGCUAUUCCUUUUGAGAAAGAUAUAGAACCUCGUUCCUCAGUUCUGGUGAAAUGUUCAGACACAGUGGCCCUAGGUAAUUUUUCAUGGAAGAAGAGUUAUGGAUUCUUGCAUGUUGUUGAAGAUAUAUUGAGAACUUUUGAUGAAUUUCACAUAAGGCCGUUUCUUAACCUGUUGAUGAGGGUUGUUGCUCAGAUACUUGAAAGUUGCAUGUUGAGCCUCACUAGUGACUCAAAAGUCCAUGGUACAGAUAUUCCGCUGCUGUCAGCCAACAUGCUGCAGAGUCCAGCAGAUCAAGCUUCUGAUGAAUUCUGUUUUAGUCUUGAGGUGAGUACAUCUAAUAAGCAGUACAAGGAGUUGCGAUCUUUAUGCCUGAAGAUCAUCUCUUUUGCUCUCAAUAAGUAUGAUAGUCAUGACUUCGGUUCCGACUUUUGGGACACAUUUUUCAAUUCAGUGAAACCUCUAACUGACUGCUUCAAGCAGGAGGCUGCCAGUAGUGAAAAAGCAAGCUCUCUUUUUUCAUGUUUUCUUGCUAUGAGUAGAAGCCGAACAUUAGUCUCACUUUUAGAUCGGGAAGCAAAGUUGAUUCCUAAGAUUUUUUCAAUCCUCACUGUGAGGACUGCCUCUGAUGAUAUCAUAUCUUCUGUGCUUAAUUUUGUUGAAAAUUUGUUAAUCUUGGAUAAUGAGUCUAAUGAUCAAGAGGAAAACCCUGUAAAAGGAGUCUUGUUACCUCACCUUGCAGUGCUAAUUGACUGUUUUCAUGGGCUUCUUCAAUCCCAUAAAGAGAUCAGCAGGAAAUCUCCCAUGUCGUCUGGAAAGACAGAGCUGAGAAUAUUUAAACUGUUAGUGAAGUAUGUAAAUGAUCCUGUGGUAGCAGAGAAAUUUGUGGACAUACUACUCCCAAUUUUCAAAAAGAAAGCUUUAAAUUCUGAUGAGUGUUUGGAUGGUUUACAUAUCAUAAGGCAGAUUCUACCCGUGCUGAGUGAUAAAACAACUGGAAAAAUUCUCAGUGCAGUUAAUCCGCUCCUUGUUUCUUGUGGUUUGAACAUGCGGUUGUGCAUUUGUGAUAUUCUUGACGGCCUUUCUUUGAUUGAUCCAUCUUUGGCAUUUCUGGCUAGGCUUCUUCGUGAAUUGAAUGCUGUGUCUUAUUUGGAGAUAAACGAGCUUGACUAUGACACAAGAAUAUCUGCUUAUAAUUCAAUAAGGCCAGAUAUCUUCUCUUCAUUCAUGGAGGAACAUGCUUUAACUGUACUAUCUCAUUGCAUAUAUGACAUGUCCUCUGAAGAACUGAUUCUACGGCAAAGUGCCUCUAAGUCAUUGCUGUCCUUCAUACGAUUUGCGGCAUCAGUAUUAGAUAGCAAUGGAGAGGAGAGGUCCCCUGGUGAAUUACUUGAAGGCAAAACAUACCCAAUUCUUGAAAUAACUAAUACCAGUUUUACUUGGACGAAAGCUUGCAUUCAGCGUAUAGUUAAGAAAACUUUCCUGCAGAAUAUUGGUGAUGCUAUGUCCAAGGAUAUCUCAAUGCAGAAAGAAUGGAUUGAUCUUUUUCGAGAUAUGGUUAAUCAUCUUCAUCAAAUCCCAGCUUUAAACUCUUUUAGAAGUUUGUGCAGUGAGGAUCCUGAAGUGGACUUUUUUAAUAACAUUGUUCACUUGCAGACACACAGAAGAGGAAGGGCGCUAUCACGAUUUAGAAGUGCAAUCAGUGCUGGAAGCUUGCCAGAGAAUAUUACCAUCAAGAUAUUUGUUCCUCUAUUUUUCAACAUGAUGCUUGAUGUGAAGGCCGGGAAAGGGGAGCACUUAAGAAAUGCAUGCUUGACAACUCUGGCUUCAAUAUCAGGGCAAAUGCAUUGGGAAAACUAUCGUGUAUUUUUAAUGAGAUGCUUCAAGGAAAUAAAGUUCAAGCCAGACAAAGGGAAAAUCAUGAUACGCCUGAUAUGUGAAGUGUUGGACAUGUUCCACUUUUUUGGUGCCAACUCCAGUUUACAUGUUAAAGACGGUAGAAAAGAGGAUGUAAAUAAUGAGAGCACUGAAGAUAAUUUAAGUGUUGCAUGGGUUUAUUGUCCAGAAUCAAAUGUUCCGUUGGAAAUACAAGACUGCUUGCAGAAGGUAGUCUUUCCAAAACUUACGAAGUUGCUGAAAUCAGACUCUGAGAAAGUGAAUGUUAACUUUAGUCUUGCUGCCUUAAAAUUGCUCAAGUUGCUCCCGAAGGAAACUAUGGAAGCACAACUACCAAGCAUCCUUCAUCGCAUUUGUAACUUUUUAAAGAAUCGACUAGAAAGCAUACGUGAUGAAGCAAGAUCUGCUUUGGCUGCUUGUGCUAAGGAGUUGGGGAUGGAAGGAUUUUACUUGAUAGUUAAGGUUUUGAAAGCAACACUAAAGAGGGGUUUUGAGUUGCAUGUUUUGGGAUACACCCUCAAUUUCAUAUUAUCUAAAAUGCUUGAAAAUUCCUCUGUUGGGAAACUCGAUUAUUGUUUGGAAGAGCUUCUAUCGAUCGCUGAAAAUGACAUUCUUGGACAUGUUGCAGAGGAGAAAGAAGUUGGUAAAAUUGCUUCAAAAAUGAAAGAAACCAGGAAAAGAAAAUCCUUUGAAACCCUGAAGCUGAUAUCGCAGAGUAUUACUUUCAGGACACAUGCUCGGAAGUUGCUUUCCCCCAUCAAGGAACAUCUUCAGAAACACCUCACGCCAGGAGCAAAGUCAAAACUUGAACAAAUGCUAUCUCAUAUUGCUCUAGGAAUUGAGUGCAACCCAUCUACAAAACCAGAUGAAUUGUUUAUCUUUGUGUAUGGGCUCAUUGAAGAUGGUAUCACAGGUUCUGGUUGUCACAAUGGAUCUGAAAACUUAACUAAUAAAACAUCCAUCCAAGAAUUAUCAGAUAAAAGGAAUACCUUGAGUCCCAAAAGGUCAAAGAAUGAUCAUCUUAUCAUUGUUUUUGCCCUUGGAGUAUUAAAUAACCGUUUGAAGAAUAUGAAGUUGGACAAGAAUGAUGAGCAAUUAUUAUCAAUGUUGGAUCCCUUUAUUGUACUGCUUGGGAACUGCUUGAAUUCCAAAUAUGAAGACAUAUUGUCUAGUGCUUUUAGAUGCCUGGCUCCACUAAUCAAGCUUCCUCUACCUUCCCUGGAAGCACAGGCUGAUAACAUCAAGAUUUUACUUCUAGAUAUUGCUCAGAAAUCUUCAAAUGCUACCAAUCCACUCGUACAAUCUUGUCUAAAGUUGCUUACUGUUUUACUACGAAGCACUAGGAUAUCACUCUCACAAGAUCAGCUCCACAUUCUUAUUCAGUUUCCUAUGUUCGUUGAUCUUAUGGCUGACCCGUCCCCAGUUGCACUUUCACUUUUGAAGUCUAUAGUUGGCCGGAAGCUGGUAGCCCAUGAAAUCUAUGAUGUUAUUUUACAGGUUGCUGAAGUAAUGGUAACAAGCCAGUCAGAGCCAAUCCGCAGGAAAUGUAGCAAAAUUCUACUACAGUUCCUUCUGGAUUAUCAACUUUCUGAUAAACGCUUGCAGCAACAUAUGGAUUUCUUACUCACUAAUCUGAAUUAUGAACAUUCAUCAGGAAGAGAAUCUGUGCUUGAAAUGCUUCAUGCUGUUCUUAUGAAAUUUCCUAGAAAUGUUAUAGAUAAUCAGGCUCAGACAUUCUUCCUCCAUUUAGUUGUUGCUUUAGCUAAUGAACGUGAGCAGAAAGUCCGAUCAAUGGUUUCGACUGUUAUAAGAGAACUGAUUGCCCGCACAAGCUCCAAUGCACUAAAUUUAAUUUUAGAUUACAGCCUUUCAUGGUAUAUGGGUGAAAAGCAGCAUCUAUGGAGUGCUGCAGCACAGGUUCUGGGUUUAUUGGUUGAAGUACUGAAGAAGGGAUUUCAGAAACAUAUACCUUCUGUACUACAAGUUGCAAGAAACAUUUUCACAUUGUCCAUUAAUGCCAGCAGCAUUAAAGGGUUCAACUUCUCAAACGAACCUGCAAUCCCAUUCUGGAAAGAGGCUUACUACUCACUUAUUAUGUUUGAGGCAAUUUUGCUGCCCUUCCCUCAGUUGUAUUUUGACAGUGACCUUGAGGAUAUCUGGGAAAUGAUUCUCAAGUUCUUGCUACAUCCUCAUGUAUGGUUGCGGAACAUUUCCAAUCGGCUGGUGGCCUUAAAUUUUUCAGCUGUAUCGGAGGCUGGUAGGGUUAUACAUGACGAUUUGGGCGAAGGACCUUCUUAUCUUGCUAAUCCAAGCAGGCUUUGUUUGAUAUCUGCUUCGCUUCUGAACCAGCUGAAGACACAAAUCUCUGAUGACGGUGCAAUAAUAAAUAUCAUUACUCAGAAUUUUGCAUUCUCAAUUUGCCAUUUGCAUAGUUUUACAAAAAAGAGAUCUAAUUUGGUUCCACAUGAGUUUUGGUCUACUCUUGGUCAUCGCGAUCAAACUUCGUAUCUGGAGGCCUUUCAAUUGCUUGGAUCCAGUAAGGCAAAGGACAUCUUUAUGCUGGCAACAAUUGACACUAGUCAGGCUCCUAAGGGGGCAGAUCAUUCUGAUGAAUACAGCACUAAGAACCUUCAAUCUUUGUUAGUUGCACCUUUACUCAAGAGGAUGGGAAAAAUCGCAAUGGAAAUGGAGGAUAUACAGAUGAAGAUCGUUUUUAAUUGCUUCAGACUGAUAUCAUCACAAAUGGGUUCUGAAGAUUGCAAAGACUAUGCCUUUUACCUGCUUAUUCCUCUAUAUAAAGCAUGUGAAGGAUUCAUGGGCAAGAUUGUUAGCGAUGAUAUCAAACAGCUGGCAGAAGAGGUCCGAGGCAAUGUAAGGGACAUAAUAGGGGUGGACAAUUUUGUUCAAGUUUACAAUGAAAUCAGAAAGAAACUCAAGGGGAAGAGGGACAAGAGGAAGUAUGACCAGAAGCUUCUUGCUGUUGUCAAUCCUAUGAGACAUGCAAAGAGGAAGCUGAGACUUGCAGCUAAGCAUCGUGCUCAUAAGAAGAGGAAGAUAACUGCCAUGAAGAUGAUCAAAUUGAGAAGAUAGGACCUAUAUAUCAUUAUUGCAAUUUUCUCACAGCGGCUACAAUGCAUAAGAAUGUGUACAGUAAUUGUAAUGUAUUAUAUUUAUAGUGCUUGUUGUAUUUAUCCAGGUGCUUCUUUCUUGAUCCUCCCUGGUGGGACAAUUUUGAUCUGUAGGACAACAUUUCAUUUAUAAUUAUUUUUUGUUUUUUUA